AUGGGGGAUGUGAACCAAUCAGUGGCCUCUGACUUCAUUCUGGUGGGCCUCUUCAGUCGCUCAGGUUCACGUCAGCUACUCUUCUCCCUGGUGGCUGCCAUGUUUAUCAUGGGACUUCUGGGCAACACUGUCCUGCUCUUUGUGAUCCGCAUGGACUCCCGACUCCACACACCCAUGUACUUUCUGCUCAGCCAGCUCUCCUUGUUUGAUGUUGGCCUCCCCCUGGUUACCAUCCCCAAGAUGGCGUCAGACUUCCUGCAGGGAGAAGGCUCCAUCUCCUUUGGGGGUUGUGCGGCUCAAAUAUUCUUCCUGAUGCUGAUGGGUGUGGCUGAGGGCAUCCUAUUGGCCCUCAUGUCCUAUGACCGUUACGUUGCUGUGUGUCACCCCCUGCAGUAUCCUGUGCUCAUGAGGCGCCAGGUGUGCCUGGUCAUGGCGGGUUCCUCCUGGCUGGCAGGUGUGCUGAACGCCUCCGUCCAGACCUCCAUCACUCUUCAUUUCCCCUUCUGUGCCUCCCGCACCGUGGACCACUUCUUCUGCGAGGUGCCAGCCCUGCUGAAGCUUUCCUGUGCGGACACCUCCGCCUACGAGCUGGCGCUGUCCACCUUGGGAGUGCUGACCCUGGUGCUUCCGCUUUCCCUCAUUGCCAGCUCCUACGGCCACGUGUUGGGGGCCGUUCUACGCAUGCGCUCAGAGGAGGCCCGAAACAAGGCUUUCACCACCUGCUCCUCGCACAUCACAGUAGUGGGACUCUUUUAUGGAGCAGCUGUGUUCAUGUACAUGGUUCCGGGCGCCUACCACAGCCCCUACCAGGACAACGUGGUUUCCCUGUUUUACAGUCUCGUCUCUCCCACGCUCAACCCCCUCAUUUACAGUCUGAGGAACCGGGAAGUGCGGAUGGCUUUGGUCAAAGUGCUCAGCAGAGCUGGGCUCAGGUCAAAGUGA